AUGACUGCCUGGGUGAUAAUGUGGACAGCAUGCAUGAUAAUGGCUACAGAAGCCGCUCCAUGCCAUUACACCAGUCACUGUUCAGACUGUGACAGAGAGACGGGAGAUUGCCUGACUGAGUGUGACACUGGGUAUUAUGGUCGGCGAUGUAAGUCUACCUGCAGCAGGAACUGUGUGAAUAACACAUGUGUGCUGUCAGAAUAUGGUAGCGGUAACUGUACUGAUGGUUGUGUGCCAGGAUAUUCUGGCAUUGGGUGCAACAUACCAUGUGACAGUCCAGGAGGUAGCUGUACAGCAUGUCCAGGUGGUUGUGAUGGAGGAUAUUGUCAGCUGGGGUCAUCCUGUGUGUCUGGAUGUGUAGACUCCUACUACGGGACUGGCUGUGACACUGGAUUGGGACUAUCUGUGGGACUAGCUACAGCAUCAGUUCUCGUCAUUGUUAUCGUCGUCCUUGUUAUCGUCGUCCUUGUUGUGUGCCUGUUGUCGACAUCCGAGAUGAGACAGGUUCCAGCUGUACGUCACCCCUAUCCAGGACAUCCAUGCCCCAGCAGAGAACAUUGAUGAUCCUCAGUACGCUGUCGUUGAUUGAGCUGGGAUGCACGAUGUGCCUUCUUGUCGGUGAAAACAGCCUACCCUAGCCGUUCUGACUAUGAGCUCGGUACAACAUUCAAACACACCACGUGUCCUAGUCCAUGUAGACAGUUGCGAGAGAAACGAGAUCAAUGAUCUGUGAACGUUAAAUUGUUCCGUCAAGUGUUUAGGGUUCUCGAAAUACAAUACACAUCUUGGACCACGCAGAUAGAGCCGUUGCCAUGUCUACAGGAGGCAAAUGUUUGUGAUGGGAUGUCGGCUUGUUGACAGGUCUCUACAGGUACAGGUCUAUUGAGUGACACGAUACUGGGUGCAUGACAAGACAUUUGUAAAUGUACAAAUUGUAACGAUAUUCAUAUCCAUGUGAUUACAAGAAUCAACAAAUAUGCUAACGUUCAUAGAACUACUUAACAUAUCUCUGCCCAAUAAAACGUAUUACACUGAUCUCAUCAUGAAAACUGUUAAGGCUUCACUUUUAUCCUUUGCCAGCAGUAUAAUUUCAUAUAUGUUUGUGUGUUCCUCCUAUGACGAGGUCUGAUGUGUAAUAAAGUUAGAUACUGUU